AUGAAGAAGGGGAAAGUAAUAAAUAACCUGCAUGAGCAGAUAAAAUCACUAGAGGAUAACAACGUCCCAUACAAAUACUACAGCGCGUCAAAUAACGUGAACAUUCGAAAUUAUUUAAGUGACAGGAAGGUACGAUACUCCUGUCCGCCCAACUCGUACUUAAGUCUCAACGAGUUGUUAAAAUUUAUUGACUCGUUGGAUCAUCAUGACAGUGCCGAGGUGAGACAUCUGGACUAUAACGCCGAUACCGUAGCAAACGAGAUGACCAAUAGGAAGGUCAACAAGGAGGAGUGCACAUAUCCCCAAUUCAGCAAAGUGCCGAAGGUUGCUUUACAUAACAACUUUUUGGUGAAGGAGGGAAAUCUAUGUGAUCAGGCUGAUUAUCAUAGCAAUGUGUACCAUCAGGACGGUCGCAACUACGACAAACACGAUAAUUGUGACAGCCGUGUGAAUUACGGGCACGGAACACAUAGCAACACGUGGAAGUAUCCUCCUGAUCAGCCAUAUGAGGAUAACCCCGUGAAAGAUACCAUCCUACAGAAUAAUUACUGCCGGCUCAGCCGGGAUGACCCGCCCAGUUAUCAGAACGGGUUAGACGCGAGAAAAGCGCAUACACCAGGCAGCACAUCGUCAAACCCAUACGAAAGCAACUGCAUAAUGCGAACAAGCCAAACAAAGGUGGAGGAGAACUCAUCACGAGCACCUGCUAAUAGCAAAGAUGGCAGCUUGCUAAAAAAUUUACUACAAUGCAGAGUUAAUUUGUCUAAAUCGAAUAAUAUUACAGAUCCGGAAAAAGUAAUCAGCACAAAGAAUUUAAAACUACUCCUGUUGCAUCACCCCAACUCGAUUGACGACAUGAAAAAUUUGAAUCUGACAGGAUUCGGGGAAGAUAAAAUAAAAAAAUAUGGCUACGAAUUUUUGAAAGUUUUCCUAUCUGGUUACACGGAUGACUCUUAA